AGAGGCCCCUCCACACUUCCUGUGUGGGGUUCAGAAACUCGCCUCCCCUCCCAGCCUUAGGUGCCUGCUUCGGAAAAUGAAGUAAUAAGCCACCGGCCUCCGCCAUCUUAGGUAGAAUAAGGGUCCAUCCAGUGAGAGAAGGAUGCAGUCGGGGAACCUCUGGAGAAUUCUGGGACUCUGUCUCUUAUCAGUUGGCGCUUGGGGGCAGGAAGAGACUGAGGAACCUACGGGUGAAUCAACAGGUUCACCUCCAGAGAAAGGGUAUAAAGUUUCCAUCUCUGGAACCACGGUAGUGCUGACAUGCCCUGAGGAAGUUGAAGGUGAAAAUCUACAAUGGGAAAUGAAUGGUGAAAAAAUACCAGAGGCUAAUGAAAAGCAGCUAUCUCUGGCUGAGUUUUCAGAAGUGGAGAACAGUGGUUAUUAUGCCUGCUAUGGAGACGCCUCGAAGAAGAACUCUCUCUACCUGAAGGCAAGAGUGUGUAGGAACUGCAUGGAGGUGGAUGUGAUGGCAGUGGUUGCAAUCAUCAUAGUUGACAUCUGCAUCACUCUGGGCUUGCUGCUGCUGGUGUAUUACUACAGCAAGAACAAAAAGGCCAAUGCCAUGCCUGUGAUGAGAGCAAGAGGUACCGGCGGCAAGACUAGGGGACAAAACAAGGAGAGGCCACCACCUGUUCCCAAUCCGGACUACGAGCCCAUCCGGAAAGGCCAGCAGGACCUGUAUUCUGGCCUGAAUCAGAGAGGCAUCUGACGGCUCCUGAGGACGCUGCCUCCUCCAGGCCCAGCUCUGGCUUCUCCAAGGCCUGCUACUCCCUGUACCCUGGGUAAAUCCUGGACUCCAGAAGAGAAUUGUUCCUCUGCCUGCUGGAGAACUCACACCCUGCAGCCUUGUCCCCAGCUCCCUCCAUUCUGCCUUCUCUGCUGGCCCUCAGCCCUAGACUAUCUCUGCCUCAUUAUCUUGUGAAACAUCACAGCUCCUCACGCCCUCACGCCCUCACGCCCGGGCUGCCCUCUGGUCAGGCUAUUUAUUUCUGUUAUUCACCCCCACCAUCACCAGUUCCUUCCUACCCUGCAGGAGAUGUCCCUGCUCCCUUCCCUUCCCCCCUUUCCUGGGAAGAACUUGCCCCCAUCCCUAACUAUUGCAUCUGUCUACCUUUCUUUUCUUCCAGCUCUCUCUUUGGCAACGCUUUGUGGGGAUGGACUGGGUAACUCCAGCAGGGGGCCUGCCCCAUGCACAGACCCUGGCCCAGAGCCAGCCCGUUACUCCCUACCCCAGGUCUUCCCUGCAGGCCCCUCCAUGAAUAUGCUAGGCUCCCUGACAGCUGAGAGAGAAAGAAAUAAAGUGUAUUUG